GUUGGACUCCAAUCCAAUCAGUACCCUAGAACGUGUAAUCGCUACCCCGGUUGACUCAGCGAAUUCCAUAUAACAUAGGAUCACUCAUACGAUGUGGACUGACUCUAGUACUGAUCCUUGACUGACCUUUUGCUCGACCUCUGUGAUGGCAUCUACAAUCGAACUCGCACCUGCAGAUUUGCAAGAAAUCCUUUUAUUCUCUGUCACCCUCGCACGAUCUGCAGGCGAGCUCAUCCUCCAAGGUUCUGAGGCUAUUCUGUCUUCGGGGAAUGUUGACGAGAAGAAAAACUCUGUCGAUCUUGUUACUGAGUACGAUGUCAGAGUGGAAGAACUUGUCAAGGGCGAGCUAAGCAAGAAGUAUCCUGCCUUCAAGUUUAUAGGAGAGGAAUCCUACGCAGCUGGGGCUAGGCCGCCGCUAACCGACGAGCCAACCUUCUGCGUGGACCCCAUUGAUGGAACGACGAACUUCGUUCAUGGCUUCCCGCUCGUCUGCAUUUCUCUCGGGCUGAUCUACAAGAAGUCCCCAGUCUUGGGAGUGAUCUAUAACCCCUUCCUCGACCAACUGUACACUGGAGUGAAGGGACAGGGAGCAUACCUUACCCGACGGAAGGAUGCAACACCUGUUAAGCUUCCCCUAGCCAAGCCGAAGCCUCUUGAAUCACUUUCAAAAGCUCUUCUUGGAAUUGAAUGGGGUUCUGAUCGUUGUGCUGCUUUGAUCAAUAAGAAGGGGGAGUCCUUCAAGCGUUUGGCGGGGAACCCUAACGAGGGCGUGCAAGGAGGCAGGAUGGCACAUUCGUUGCGUUCUCUCGGAAGUGCCGCUCUCAACUACGCCAUGGUGGCUCAGGGAGGUUUAGACUUGUAUUGGGAAAUAGGUUGCUGGCCCUGGGAUAUCUGUGCGGGCACGAUCAUUGCCCAAGAAGCCGGAUGCCUUGUUGCCGGCUCUCGAACUUCUCCUCUUGACAACAAUAUCACAGACACCGUUUUGACAGGAAGGAAGUAUAUUGUCAUUCGCGCAAUUGGAGAUUCUCAGACCGAGAAAGGUGUCGAUGCGCAGAAGAGACUCAUCCAGGACUUCUAUGCUACCGUAGAGGACUUCGAGCCAGUUUGAACGCAACUAAUGAGAAGAGUAUGUUAUUGUACCCAAGGUUAACACUAUCAAUAAAGUAAUGCCACCAGGCAAUCUAUUUGCUCGAAUGAACUAAGUAUCUCUAGGCUGCUCAUCACGUCUCUUCUGCCACAGUUUCGCGCUUAAAGGGCGCAAUCCUUUGAUGGCUGCGAUCCCGCUAACUAUUAAAGCUGUCAGACCGAGUCCAUUGCCCCAUUCGUUCGUUCUUGUCCCUCCACCGAAGCGUUGUCCCGCCCACAAAGCAACCAAGUCGUAGGCAAGUAUGGACCCGAACAAAGGCGUAGACACCGCAGCGGCGAUGGGGAACAACCCGUAG